AUGUUCCCCAUUCACUCCAAAGGAGUUGAACAAGAACUGACCUUCUCCAAAGAACCUGGCAAGAGGCGAUGCCGGGGGUUUAAUCUGCGGGUGUUCCGCUGGUCCCAGGCCAUGGUGUACUUCAUUGAUGAGAUCAAUAGCAAUCCCGCCUUGCUGCCCAACAUUACACUGGGCUACAGGCUGUAUGACACAUGUGGAGUGGAGAUGUUCUCUCUGAGGACAGCUCUGUCGGUAAUCUCACAGCCCCUCAAGAGGAACGGAACAGGGGUGUGUGUGUCUCCCAGUGUCCCCCUCAUAGUGGGAGAUUCUGGAUCCUCUCUGUCUAUGGCCAUCUCCAGGCUGCUCAAUCUCUUCAAGGUUCCAUUGGUGAGUUACUUUGCAUCCUGUGCUUGCCUGAGUGACAAAAGCCAGUUUCCAUACUUUUUCCGGACCAUCCCAAGUGAUGUGAACCAGGCGAGGGCCCUUGCCUAUUUGGUCAAGCACUUCGGCUGGACCUGGGUGGGAACCAUGGGGGCAGACGAUGACUACGGGCGCAUGGGCAUCGAUAUGUUCACGGCCGAAGUAACUCGUCUGGGCGUGUGUGUGGCGUACCGCAUCACCAUCCCCAAGCUCCCCUCCCGACAGCAGCUGCAGGAGAUUGUGGGAAUCAUCCGGGACUCCACAGCUCAAGUGGUGGUGGCCUUUGCCAUCGAGGAGGACAUUGAGCCUGUGGUGAAGGAGAUGGUGUCCCAGAAUGUGACGGGAAAGCAGUGGGUGGCCAGCGAGGCCUGGGUCACGUCCACUCUCAUCUCCACCCGGGAGAACUACCCCUCUCUCAGCGGCACCAUCGGCUUUGCCAUCCGCCGGGCAGAGAUCCCGGGCCUGAAGCAUUUCCUGCAGAACCUCAGACCUCUGGGCAGUCCCUACAACCCGUUUGUCCGGGAAUUCUGGGAAACGCAGUUCCAGUGCUCCUUCAACACCACACUUCCCGCUGCCUCUAUGGCUGACCCCGUGCCUUACACUAAGACCUGCACGGGCAGGGAGAGUGUACAGGACACAGACAGCAUUUACAACGACGUGUCUCAGCUCAGAGUCACGUAUAAUAUGCACAAGGCCGUGUAUGCUGUGGCACAUGCUCUGCACAACUUACUGACUGACCACAACUCAUCCAUCUCAAUCCAUAGUCUCCAUCCAUGGCAGGUGGUUCAGUACUUGCGUACGGUGAACUACACAAACCUCUUUGGUGACACGGUGCAUUUUGAUGAGAACGGAGACCCUGCGGGUGCGUAUGACAUUGUGAACUGGCAGACAGGCUCCCCUGGUGGGCCUGUGGAGUAUGUGACCGUCGGCAGAUUUGACUCUAGUCUACCUCCCACACAGCAGCUGCUGCUGAACUCCGACGGCAUCAUCUGGUAUGGGGGAACCAGAGAGGUCCCCAAGUCCGUUUGCUCUGCCAGUUGUCAACAUGGCUUCAGAAAGGCCACGAGGGAAGGCCUCCCUGUGUGCUGUUAUGACUGUGUUCCGUGUGCAGAGGGCACCAUAACAAAUGAAACAGACCAGCCUGAAUGCACUCCCUGUCCUGCUGACUUCUGGUCCAACGCCCUGAGAGACGCCUGCGUGCACAAGCAGAUUGAGUUCCUGUCCUACACCGAGGCCUUCGGCAUGGCUCUGGCAGCCACGGCCAUCCUGGGCGCCACGUUCACGCUGGCGGUGGCGGCCGUCUUCCUGCGCCACCACAACACGCCCAUCGUCCGCGCCAACAACUCGGAGCUGAGCUUCCUGCUGCUGCUCUCGUUGGGCCUGUGCUUCCUGUGCACGCUCACCUUCCUCGGCCGACCCUCGCCCUGGGCCUGCCCGCUGCGCCGGACCUCCUUCGGCCUGAGCUUCGCACUCUGCCUCUCCUGCCUGCUCUGCAAGACCCUCGUGGUGCUCAUGGCCUUCCGGGCCACGCUGCCCGGUGACAACUCGGCCCGCUGGUUCCGGCGUCCGCAGCAGCGCCUGAGCGUGCUCCUCUGCUCCUCGCUGCAGGUGGUCCUCUGUGCCGUGUGGCUGGUCAGAGCACCGCCGUAUCCCAUCAGGAACACGUGGCUGUACCGAGACAGGAUCAUCCUGGAGUGUCACAUGGGCUCGGUGGCGCUGUUCUGCUGUGUGCUGGGCUACAUUGGCUGCCUCGCUGCUUUUUGUUUCAUUCUGGCUUUUCUGGCUCGUAAACUACCUGAUAACUUUAAUGAAGCCAAAUUCAUCACAUUCAGUAUGCUGAUAUUCUGUGCAGUCUGGAUCACUUUUAUUCCUGCUUAUGUCAGCUCUCCAGGGAAGUUUACUGUAGCUGUGGAGAUAUUUGCUAUUUUGGCAUCUAGUUUUGGUGUUCUUUUAUGUAUAUUUGUCCCUAAAUGUUACAUAAUCAUAUUUCUGCCAGAACAUAACACAAAGAAGUUCAUCAUGUCACAAAAAGGAGGUCGAUGA